CUGACAUAUGUGACAGCAGCAGACAACGGCACAUUUUCCUGCAGGAGACUUCAGACUGGAACGUUUGUCCUUGUCUUUUUUGCAGGAAAGCAUGUGAGGUAUCGGAAUGGAUGACUUGGAUCACAGCAUGCACAUUGCGGAGGGGGACUGGUCCAGCUUUUACCAGGAAAGUGAGGAGUGCUGUUUACCACAACCUCUGCUCGCUCACCCUGAGGGCCUCCGUCGUCCUCACUCCUCAGUUUCUGUGACCCGGUCUCCAGAGAACUUAGAGCAAAAUAUUACUGUCUGUGUUCAAGCGGAGUUAAUUCAGGAUGCGCCAGGAGCACAAGGAGAGGAUGAAGCCCAAUGUGAUUACACAGGAAUUCAUGUUGUCAAAGAGAAGGUGCACAUCACAGAAGAACACAUCCCAGAGGAGACCCCCCAAAAUAUAAUAAAAACACUUGAGGCCGUAGAUAAAGAUGUUGCACAAUCACUUUCAACAGAGCAAGAAGCAGACGAGGGAUGUGAGGAUGUCAACAAAGCUCCACUGAAAAGAGAGAGAGAGCGCUGGUUCGUAACGCUGUCUCUCAAUGACAGUCCAGCGCUGCAACGGGGGUGUGCAUCUACAGGAGGAAAAAAAACAAAGACCAAAAAACACGAUUGUGGGACCAGGCAAGAACCUCAAAGCAGUGAUAGUGAGAUGAAUGAAAAUCUCAAUGCAAAACAAAACCAAAACCGAAGUAAGGAACAAUUGUGUGAUGUAGUACAAAACCAUAGCGAAAGACCAAUGCACAAGAAAGACAGAACACAAAAUCACGAAGAAGGAAAAAUGCAUGUUGAAGAAAUGAACCAAGACAAUCAAGAAGGAACCUGGCAUGAUAACAUUGUACAAAAAGAUGAAGAUGGAAGCUUGUAUGAAAAUUCUCAAAUGAAUGACCAUCGAGAAGUAACCCUUAACGGUGUUGAAAUGAUGGGGCACGACUGUAAAGAAGGCACAGAUGUGACGGAAGGGACAUUGCAUGAAUGUAAUACUAUGCAUCAAGAAAACAUAGAAGGAACCCAGUUCGAUGAUGAUAUGGUGGAAAAUGACAGAGAAGGAACCUUAUAUAAAGAUAAUUCCACGAAGCAAGAAACUUUAGAAAGAACCCAACAUGUUGAUGAUAUCGUGCAAAAAAAUAGAGACGGAACGUUACCUGAUGACAGGAUGAUGGAAAAUAUAAUUGAAGGGAAAAGACAUGUUGAAAAUAUAAUGGAAGACAACAAUGAACUAACCCUGCACCAACACUUUCAUUUGCCAAGGAUGGAAUCAGAGGAGUUUGAGGACAGUGUUGAGGUCUUGACCUUUGAAAGUUCUGGCUCUGAAACCUAUCUCUCGGCUGCUGAAUCUGUGGAUUUCUUAGAUGGGGAAUCCAUUGAAAAUCAGCCAAAAGAGUGCCUGUCCUAUUUCUCUUCAUCGUCAUUGAACAGCUGCAAUCCAAUUCAGUGGUCCCGUGCAAAUAUCACCAACACUGAUUGUCCUGGUGAUCAGACUUACGUUGAGCCUAAAUGUGACCUAGCUGUAAUUGAGAGCUACGUCCAACAUGAAGUGGAUCCGCCCAGAGUCCAAACCGGACCUCACCUAUGUGGCAAUGAAGGUCCGCGGGCAGUUCCCGACGUUGUCGUCACCCCCGUGGUCGAAGGCCCUGAAGCACACGCCCAAGCAUCAGGCCGCACACCAUGCGUCUAUGCCAUCUCAGCCUUCUGGGACGAAAUGGAAAAAUUGACCAUAAAUGACCUUUUACAGCUGAGGAUGGCGAGAAGCCCGCUACCCAACGAGAUGUCCGACAUUCUGUCACAAAGUAGUUCCCUAGUCGACCCCGAGGAGCAUCAUUUGACGGACGGAGGCCUCACAGAUGCGUCCGACACCGCUGACUCAGACUACUUCACGCAGCCGGACGAGUCCAAGCCGGACCGUUCCAGCUGGGAUUUCUCAGUUUGUGACCUUGAAGAAGACUAUUGGCAAUUUUUGGGUAUGAGCAGGAACACCAGUCCUGAUCCCAUCGGCAAAACCCAGCAAGUGGAAGACGAGAGGGAAGGGAGCACCAGGAGCCAGACCCCAGUACCAGUUGAAGACUACUGUGGACAAUACCUGAGGCCGAGAUCAAUGACAAAAAACAAAAGUGUGCGGAACGUACGAGCUCUCAGUACCGGGGAUUUACCUUUACGGUCACUUGUACACAGUAAUGACAAAAAUUCCAACAAGGAACUCAUGGAUUCAAAAGAGGAAGGCAAUCUAAGAUCAACAAUACCUGCAUUUUCCCAUGAAAAUGUUCUGCCAUCUUUUCCUGUCUCUUUCAGCACACAUGUACCGACGCAAAGUAAUGUCAUUUGUGUCUAUGAUCCUGAAGGCAUGUCAUCGGCUCCAGAAGACGAUAUGUUUUUUACAUUUGAACAUAAGCUGUUACCAUCCCAGAGCCACAGAUGGAAACCCAUCCCCAUCUUCUCCUGCUCAUAUCCUUCAGUCACAGAAAUAACCAUCCCCGAAUGGAAUAAUGUGUUUUUAAGAAGGGACUUCCUGGAAGAGGACACUAUUCCUCCCUUCAAAAUUGUCUCGAACGCUCUCCGUGUGGCCAAAUUGCCAAUUUGGAAGAGUUCAUUAGCACUGGGGAAAAUCCGCUUCCCAGACAAAGGCAGCAUCUGGUGCAAAAGUUCUGAUGUCCUCCCAGCUCAAGGUGAUAUGGGCAGAGUCUCCCCUUCAGUACGUGAGCAACAGAAGAUUGUGGGAACAAUGCAGAAACCAGUGCGAGAAGGCAUCUUGUCUGCACUGCAGCAGGCUGACAUGUGUUUGGUCUGCAUCGCGUUUGCGUCCUGGGUGCUGACAUCAUCAGAUCCAGAGUCUGCUGAUGCCUGGAAAGCAGCUCUGCUUGCAAACGUGAGCGCACUCUCAGCGAUCCAGUACCUGCGACAGACCAAGUGAAGAUGCAAGCAGAAUGAAACCACUGUAAAUGGGAAAUCUUAUUCCUGCUUUAUGAAAUACAUUGUAAUUUCAUAAAAUAUCAUAUUUCCAAGAUUUUAAAUGUGACUGGCUAAGUAAAAAUAUAAACCUGUCAUUUUUUUCAUGUUGUUUCAACAAAGUUAAGCCUGCAAUUUUGCACAAAUCUAUGGUAUCUCAUAGGAGUGUAGAUAAGCUUAGCGGUGUCAGUGCUGUGUAAAAUUUGGCUUUAUUAAAGAAUGACUGAACGAUGGAAAGCCCGAAAGUGUGAAAUAUAUUGGCAAAGUAUGCAUGUAUAUUUGAAAAAUAAAAGGGAACAUACUCAGAGCCUGUAUUAAAAUUUGUGAUCACUUACCUUGAAAGUGCUUGUACUUUACGUCAACACGAGCGUUUUCCAUUUUCAACCACUUAUGUUGUUAUAAUGACGCAAGUGGUUUGUCAGCGACAAAAGAAAUAUAUAAGAAAUGUAAAAAAUAAUAUACAUAUAAGGAUUGAAUCUGCAAAUUUACUUGUGCUACAAGUAGAUAAAAUUUACCUACAGUGUCAAAUUUUAAGUGCAAAAUGC